AUGCUCGCAGACGCCCUCGGCCCCUCGGACCCCGUCGUCGGCCCUGCGCUGCCCGGCAUCGUCGAGGCGGUGCUCGCUAACUUUGGAUCCGUCGACAGCCCCGAGCUGCGGGAAUACAGCCACCUCGCGCUGGCCAACCUGUCGGCGGCGCUGAAGGAGGGGUUCGGCCCCUACGUGCCCCGGGCGGUCGCGCUCGCGAUCGCCACCUGCGAGCAGUCGGACGGCGAUUUGGUGCGGGGCGACGGCGACGGCGGCGACGCGGCGUCCGAGGAUAUCGGGUCCGAGGACAGCGACGACACGGGCGGCGGCGGCAGCAGCGGGAGCGGCAGCGACGACGACGAUGCGGGCGGGCGCGGGUUCCGCGUGCGGACGGGCGUGGUCGAGGAGAAGGCCGCCGCGACGCACGCGGUCGGCGCGUACGCCGACGCGGCGGCGGCCGCGGUCGCGCCGCACGCGGACGCGCUGGCGGCGCUCUUGAAGGCGGGCUCGCAGCACCUCCACGAGGAGGUGCGCGCGGCGGCCCACGAGGCGCUGCCAAAGCUGGUGCUGGCCGUGCACCGCGCGGCCUCCCCGGGCGCGGCCCCCGCCGGCGCCGGCGCGCCCGCGCCGCAGCAGGUCUCGGCGCAGGCGCGGCAGAUGGCCGGUGGCGCGGUGGCGCUGCUGCUGGAGUCUCUGGAUACAGACCCGGACAAGCCCGCCGUGUCCGCCGCGGUCGCGGCCAUCGUGGUGCUGCUUGAGGCACUCGGCGGCGCCGCGUUCGAGCAGCAGCAGCUGGAGGCCGUCGCGCGCGCCGCGGCGUCGGUGCUGCAGGGCGAGGCCGCGUGCCAGCAGGAGGAGGAGGACGACGAGGACGAGCCCGGCGGCGGCGGCGGCGGCGGCGGCGGCGGGUCUGGCUUUGAUGAGGAUGAUGCAGGGGAGGAGGACGAGGAGCUGAUCUCCGCGGCCGCGGACCUGCUGCCCGCGCUCGCCGCGGCCGUCGGCCCGCAGGCCUACGCGCCCGUGUUCCUGUCGCUGCACCUGGCGCCGCUGCUCGCGCGGCUGCGGCCGCGGGAGGCCGCAGGGGUCAGGGGCAUCGCGGCGGGCGCGCUGGCGGAGGUGUGCGAGAAGCUGGGGGCGCUCGCAGCGCCGGCGGCGGAGCAGGCGCUGCCGCCGCUGAUACGGGAGCUGCGGAGCGAGGACCCCAUCAACCGCCAGAACGCCGCCUUUGCUUGCGGCAUGAUCGCGCACACCUGCCCGCAGCAGGCGUCGCCCCUGAUGCCGCAGCUGCUGCAGGCGCUGCACCCGCUGUUCCGGCCGGAGGAGGAGCCGGGGGCGCGCGACAACGCGGCGGGCGCGGUCGGGCGCACGCUGCUGGCGAUGGGCGCCGCGCUGCCCGUGGAGCAGAUAGUGCCGGUGCUGGUCUCUGCGCUGCCGCUGCAGGAGGAUCUAGAAGAGACGGCCCCAGUGUGCGCGGCGCUCUGCCAGCUGCUCACCGGCGACGCGGCGCUGCAGCAGCGGGUGUCCCCCCACCUGCCCGCCAUCGUCCAGGCCUUCGGCCGCGUGGGCGUGCAGGACGCGGCGCCGAUGGCGGCGCGGCGGCAGGUGGCGCAAGUGCUGCUGCAGCUGCAAGGCCAGUUUGCCGCUGUGGUGGGGCCACUGGUUGCUGCCCUGCCGGCGGACCAGCAGACAACGCUGCAGCAGCUCGCCAGCGGGUAA